GGAAUCAAUGCCACCAAACACAGAAGCCCCACCCUUGGAUACUUUCAAAGUCCUUGACUUCCAGCUUUGCUGCACCCCAAGACUUGUGUGUGUAAGCAUAUACAUAGCACCAACAUCUAUUUCCUCUCACAGCUUCCGUCUUCCAACUUGCAAGUGGAAUUAAUUGGAGGAGGAGGGAAGGAGAUCAUACCUCCCAUGGCUUCUUCUUCUUCUCCUGUUUGUCCUCCCUUCGGGUACUCGGCGAAGUACUACUCUUUGUCAAGCGAUGGACAGUGCAUGAGGCAAAGCAGCUUCUUUGAAGGACAAGCAGUCCUCAAUCAAGGCGUUGGCUACUCCAUCAUCUUAGGUUUUGGAGCCUUCUUUGCUGUCUUCACUUCUUUCUUGGUGUGGCUAGAGAAGAGGUAUGUUGGAGCCCGUCACACAUCCGAGUGGUUCAACACUGCCGGCAGAAAUGUUAAGACUGGUCUCAUUGCCAGUGUGAUCGUGUCACAGUGGACAUGGGCUGCCACAAUCUUGCAAAGCUCCAAUGUUGCAUGGGAGUAUGGUGUCAGCGGUCCUUUCUGGUAUGCAAGUGGUGCAACUAUCCAGGUACUUUUGUUCGGCGUCAUGGCCAUUGAAAUCAAAAGAAAAGCACCCCAAGCACAUACUGUUUGCGAGAUUGUAAGAGCGCGAUGGGGAACUGCUGCCCAUGUUGUGUUUCUCAUAUUCUGCUUCAUGACAAAUAUCAUAGUGACUGCAAUGCUCCUGCUCGGUGGCUCUGCAGUUGUAAAUGCACUUACUGGUGUGAAUAUCUAUGCUGCGAGCUUUCUGAUCCCUCUUGGUGUGAUAAUCUAUACAUUAGCUGGAGGUUUGAAGGCCACCUUCUUGGCAAGUUACAUACAUUCAGUAAUAGUGCAUAUUGUUCUGGUGAUAUUUGUUUACUUGGUUUAUACAACGAGUAGUGAACUUGGUAGCCCAAAAGUUAUGUACAAUCAUCUCUUGGAGGUGGCCAGCAAAUCAAGAAUAUGCCGAGAUCCCAUUUCACAUGAAGGUCAAGCCUGUGGACCUGUAAGUGGGAAUUACAAGGGUUCCUACUUGACCAUGUUGAGUUCAGGUGGCCUUGUUUUCGGAAUCAUUAACAUCAUUGGAAACUUUGGCACUGUCUUUGUGGACAAUGGAUAUUGGGUUAGCGCCAUAGCUGCGAGGCCAUCAUCAACCCACAAGGGAUACUUGUUGGGUGGGCUUGUCUGGUUUGCAGUACCGUUCUCUUUGGCAACAUCAUUAGGUCUGGGUGCACUUGCUCUUGAUCUUCCAUUAACUGCAACUGAGGCUGGCAAAGGCCUUGUUCCUCCAGCUACAGCAACAGCCUUGAUGGGAAAAGGAGGAUCUGUCCUGCUUCUCACCAUGCUGUUUAUGGCUGUGACUUCUGCUGGCUCUGCUGAACUAAUUGCGGUCUCUUCUUUGUGCACGUAUGAUAUCUACCGGACCUAUAUAAAUCCAGAUGCCACUGGCAAGCAGAUUCUCAAAGUAUCCAGGGGAGUUGUCCUUGGCUUUGGAUGUUUAAUGGGUGUUUUAGCUGUAAUCUUGAACAAGGCUGGAGUUUCUCUUGGUUGGAUGUAUCUCGCCAUGGGAGUAAUAAUAGGCUCAGCAGUCCUUCCCAUAGCUUUCAUGCUUCUGUGGAGAAAGGCAAAUGCAUUUGGUGCUAUUCUUGGAACAAUUACUGGCUGCAUCCUGGGAAUAAUAACAUGGUUAGCUGUAACAAGCAUAGAAUAUGACCAUGUUAAUCUUGAUACUACCGGUCGGAAUGCCCCCAUGCUUGCUGGAAACCUAGUAUCUAUAUCGACAGGAGGAUUUGUUCAUGCAGUAUGUAGUUUUCUGUGGCCCCAAAAUUAUAACUGGGAAACCACUAAGCAAAUCACAACGGUCGAGAAGGUAAAGAGCCACUUGCUAGAUGAAGAAUUUAAGGAAGAAAAACUGUUGAGGGCAAAGGCUUGGAUUAUCAAGUGGGGUGUGGCUUUUACCGCUGUUAUUGUGAUACUGUGGCCAGUACUUUCACUUCCUGCUGGAAAAUUCAGUUUGGGCUACUUCACAUUUUGGGCAGUCAUUACAAUAGCAUGGGGUACUAUCGCCUCCGCCGUGAUCAUCAUCUUACCGGUAACAGAAAGCUGGCAAACAAUCAAGAAUGUCUGCAUCGGAAUGUUCACAAAUGACAUGCUCAUGGAAAAGGUAGAGGAGAUGAAUUUCAGACUGCGUGCUAUAAUGGUCGCGAUGCCUGAGGCUGAGCGAGCUUACCUGCUGGAGAAGGAGAAGGCAAAGAAACUUGAAGCAUGGGAUGAAACUGGCUCCAGUGUUCCAACAAGUGUGAUGGUAGAACUAUAAGCUGCCACUUGAAGUUAUUUUGAAGUUUAUGCUUGUGCUUGCUUGUGUUGCAGAAGUUGAUCUGCUACAUAUAGCAGUGCUGAAUUCCAAAAGUGUGAAUUGCUUUUACUAGUUCCUAUCUAUGGUGUAUAAAUGUGAACUACCCUGGUGACUUCUAGUUCUAGCUAUAUAAAACUUCUAGCUCUAACUUUGUUGUUAUAUUUAGUCAGUGUUUACUUUGUGCUGUUA